UCGCAUAUAUAUCUCUUUCAAUAUAUCAGGCAGAUUCUGUUUGCAUUUGGAUAGUCAGAGAGAAUGAGGCCUCUUCUUCUUUUGACGGCGUUGAUUGUCAGUAUCAAGGCAAGGGACUUCUCUUUGCUAACUGGUUCUGAAAAGCACAACUCCACAGAUAUAAAAGAUGAUGGACAAGCGACCAAGUGUAAUGAAAUGGAAUUUAUAAAAUAUAUGCUUAACCAAGGCACUGGUGUUGGCUUAGCUGUGGCCAAAAAUGUUCAUACAUUAGUGGGAGACGUUGAUUCUAUAAAGCAAAGUAUCGAAUCGGCUGAGAGUGCGAUGAACAACUUUCAACAGACGAUAGAGACAUUGCAAACUAAAAUCAACACCCUUCAGUUGGAAAACCAGCGUCUUGAAAGCAUUGCAGUAAAUUGCCAGGAUACGAUUAAAAAAUAUGACGAAAAGCUGAAAACUGCAGACAAAAUGAUCCAAGCUUUCUCCGAACGCCUAAACGUCACUGAAACAAAAACGAAUGAGGAUCGUCAGGCCCUGUUAAAUCGAACAAUUAUUUUUGAAGAUAUUCAGAUUGAUGUUAAGAAUCUUUCCAUGAAGCAAGAAGACCUCAGUAACUCAGUUUCUAAACUAGAAGGCUGGGCAAGGAAGAUAGAGUAUAAUCAGCUAAAUAUGACAUCAACGCUGGCUUUGUUAGAAAGUAUCACAAUGGAAACAUCAAAAGAACAGAAUGAUAAACGGCAUGAUAAUGGAAAGAGUAUAGUUGCAUUUACGGCGGGAUAUGACCAAUUUUCACAACAAGAUAUAACGAGAACCGAUAUGGUAUUUCCAAAGGUCAUCACAAACAUUGGAGGAGGUUAUAACCCACGUGAUGGGGUUUUUACAGCACCCAUUGAUGGAAGCUAUGUUUUCUACACAGCCAUUGUGUCUUGGGAUAAUGGAAACAUA